AUGGCCUCCUCGGGUGACCCCCUGGCGGUGGCGGUGGCCGUGCGCGGGGACGGCCGCGCCAGCCGCCGAGCCGCCAGGUGGGCCGCCGCCGCGCCCGGCCGCGUCGCGCUCGUCCACGUCAUCCCGCCCCUCGCCUUCGUCCCCACCCCCACGGGGGAGCAGGUGCCGGUGGAGAGGAUGGCGGCGGGGGUGGUGGAGAUGUUCUCGCAGGACCGGAGGGCGCGCGCGCAGGACGUCUUCCUCCCCUUCCGCCGCCUCUUCGGCAGCAAAACCGUGGAGACGGUGGUUCUGGAGGGGCACAGCGUGGUGGAGGCGCUGGCCAGGUACGCGGCGGAGUCCGGUGUCCGCACCCUGGUGCUCGGAUCCGCAACCUUGAGCUGGUUCCGAAGGAUAUUAUGGCUCCAAGAUUUGCCCAAUACUGUCUUAAAAGCCAUGCCAUGUUCUUGCAAUGUAUUUAUCGUGUCCCGGCACAGAUUAACUAUAAAACUUGCGUAUCAGACUCAAACAGGCAACUCAAAUACUUGCUCAAAGAUCCAGUCAGUUAGUCAUAGAGCAUUUGCCCUGCAACUGACGAGCCAGGUGCAAGACAAACAAUCAUUGCACAACCUUCCUGAUGUCAACACACCAAAAUCUUCUGGAGUUACUAGUUCUGACUCGUGCUCUCAAGCCCGCAGUUCUCUUAGCAAUUCUUCGAGUGCUGCUAAAAGUUCAGAAAGUCACAGAAGACGUCUGUUUGGAAGCUUAUGUCGAAAGACACCAGGGCGAACAGGGGACACAGAUUUUGACUCUAUUGGCCAGUUGAAGGAAUUUCCUUAUGUCUCCUUAAGUUCUACUGAAGAGUCUCAACGUAUAGAUGAAGUAGCAAAACAGAGGAAGGAGUUGCAGGAUAAACCGAUGAUGUAUGUCGAGGCUUGUGAAAAUCACGUCCAUGCUAAGAAAAAGAUCCAGGUGCUUUCUAAUGGGUGUAGUGAAGAUUUGCAGAAAGUGCAAGAUGCACUACAGUGGGAGGAUUUUUUCAAACAGAAAGCUGCACCGGAGAAAAACAAACAUUUCAGAGCUAUUGAAGAAGCUGAGAUGGUGAAAGAGGCAUUCACUCGUGAGGCUUAUUCCAAGCACAAUGCUGAAACUGUAACCAACAUGGCGACUACCGAGAAGGCAAAGGUUCUGGAUGCUCUUCUGUCGAGAGGCAAAAGUUGCAGGCGCUACUCGAGACAUGAAAUAGAGCUCGCCACCGAGAACUUCUCUGAUGCAAAAAAGAUCGGUGAGGGAGGCUAUGGGAUUGUAUACAGGUGCACCCUUGAUCACACUGAAGUAGCUGUCAAGGUUAUCCAGCAAGAUUCCCGUGGCAAGAUUGAUGAGUUCUUUAAAGAGGUUGAGAUUCUCAGCCGACUUCACCAUCCCAACCUGGUUUUGUUGCUUGGGUUUUGUCCUGAAAUUGGAUGUCUUGUGUAUGAAUACAUGGAGAAUGGAAGUCUGGAAGAUCAACUUAUCGACAAUGAAGGGCGCCAACCACUCCAUUGGUUUCUGCGCUUCCAAAUUAUUUUCGAGGUAGCUCGUGGGCUUGCAUUCUUGCAUGGAACGAAGCCAGAGCCGAUUGUGCACCGUGAUCUCAAGCCUGGAAACAUCUUGCUGGACAAGAACUAUGUAAGCAAAAUAGGCGACGUAGGUUUUGCGAAGCUCAUAUCAGAUCUUGCGCCAGAUGGUUUCACAGAAUACAGAGACGACACCGUCAUUGCCGGCACAAUGUAUUACAUGGACCCUGAGUAUCAGUUAACUGGGACAGUUCGUCCGAAAUCAGAUCUUUUCGCUCUGGGGGUUAUCAUUCUCCAGCUGCUAACUGGCAAGCGUCCGCAUGGGCUAAUACUUAGUGUAGAAGAGGCCGUCCGAAAGGGCACAUUUCCCGAUAUUCUCGACGUGUCUCUGAAUGAUUGGCCAAUCGCUGAGGCGGAGAUGCUGGCAAAACUGGGGCUGCAUUGUACGGCGCUAAGAUGCAGGAACAGGCCUGAUCUCGAGCAAGUGGUGCUUCCAGAGCUCGAAAAUAUUCUAAGCAGGCUUACCAGUUCCCAGAAGUUUGAAAGUCAAAACACAGUUGUGCCAAGCCACUUCAUCUGCCCUAUAUCGCAGGAGGUAAUGGAUGAUCCUUGUGUUGCUGCUGAUGGUCAUACCUACGAGCGCACGGCGAUCGAAGCUUGGCUCAAGAAACACAAGAUCUCCCCUAUUACGAAGCACAUUCUUCCAAGUCUGACCAUAAUUCCCAGCCAUUCCUUGCACGAAGCGAUCCAGCAAUGGAAGCGGUCAUCUAGAUGA